UCUAUCGGCAGAGCCAGAGCCAGCGGCAGAGAGCCAAGCUGGUCGUUCAUUUGGUUGCAAUACAGCUCACCAGAAAAGAGUGGGGAUUUUACCUCGACCGAUAGCGGAGAGUAGACGGCAGACUGGAGGGAGAGAUGAGGUCUGAAUCGAAUCGAGGCAGGUUGAGAGAAAUUGUCAGGAGAGUCACUUCUCGUCAGAGAGUUGUGUGAAAGGCAUCUCCCGUCUUCUCAGCAUUUACUCUCCUAUUACAUAUGUAUUAUAACUAAAAUUUUUGUGACUUGUGAACAAGUUUAUUCAUCAUCGUUAAUCGUUCGUGCAACUUGUGGAUUUUUUUCAGUGAUUUUAUUACACAGUGAUUAUUAUUAUUAUUAUUAUUUAGUGAUUGUGCAAUUGCAUAUUUUUAUUUUUUAAAUAAAUCCCGAAAACUGUGUAAAUUCACAAUGCAUUGUGUAUUUAUGAGUUGGAAAAAGGAUUAAUUGUCUGUGUGUUUGCACCGGCAUGGAUUGCGCUACUAAGGUGACCAUUGAAAGUGAACCAGAUCAAAGACUUGAAAAAAAUCAAACUGAUGCAGCAUCAUCGUCAUCGCUUGAGCAGUCAGACGGAUUCAAUUCAUCCCGUGAUUUGACAAACCACUUGCGAGAUCACAACUCUCCUCGUAGCAUUACAGAUUACAGCGGCGAAGAAGACUACUCUUGUCGCGUUUGCCACAAAGUAUUGAGCUCAGCAAGUUCAUUGGACAGACACGUUCUGGUACACUCGGGCGAACGGCCAUUCAAGUGUAAAUACUGCGAGAUGGCAUUCACCACCAGCGGUAACAUGAAUCGUCAUUUGCGGAACAUCCACCGCGAUGUGGUAUCAUCACCACCACCAAACAGUUGCACCGAUUCUGAGGGUAGCAGUGACUCAGAGCGACCUUUAUCCCGACGCCGUCACACUGUUGAUGAGUACAACAAUAAUAAUAUUGCCAAAAUAAACAACACUGAUGAUGAUAACGAGGAUGAUAAUGUUGAUGGCAUUAAUAAUAAAUCAUCUGUAUUUCGCAGUAAAAGAAAGCGAGCUGAUGGUAAAAUCGAAAAUAGCAUUGCUGAAAGUAACAUUAAGAAACAAAAAUUAAUUAUCAAUAAUACAUCGGUAAUAAAUGAUUCCAAAGAUAACGACAACGAUGAUCAUCAUAGCAAUGAUGAUAACGGGCAAGAUAAUGAAGAAGACGAGGAUGGUGAUGAUGAAAUGACCGCUGUUGACCAAAAUUCACUUAAUUGUCCGCUGUGUGAAGCCAGUAAUUUUACUUCAGCUGCAUCAAUGAAUUUGCACAUUGAAAAGUACCAUCCAAAUUACAAAAAUUCACAAGUUAUUAAUUUGCAUCGCCUUAUGAGUCAACGUUACAAAGAAAACAAUUCAUCGGCGACAAUUACAACACCGUUAGCACUAUCAGCAAAUAAACAUUUACAAGAUUCAAUAGUUGGUUUCAAUGAUUUAACAUUUGUUGAUUUUUCAUCCGGUAAAUUUCCAACAAUAGCACGUGCUGUUUGUGAACAAUUAGUGCAUCGCCCGGCUUCUGGUGAAAGUGCUACAUUUUUAUGCUCAAAAUGUCUACGUGCAUUUCCAUGUAAAUCGGCAUUAGAUUCACAUGAAAUCGAUUGUGGUAAUUCUAAUUACCAACAGGCUCAUAAAUUACGAGAAGAUAAGGCCAAAGAUAAUGAUUUUUUUGCUGGAUUAGAUUUACAAAAUAAAUCUGCUCUUGUUAAUAACAACAAUAAUAACAACAACAACAAUAACAAUAACAACUCUGAGUUCAAAGAAGGCAGCAAGGACCUUGCUGAUAUUCAGAGUAUCAUUUCUGUAACAUCAGGACCGAUAUUACCUCGUUCAGACACAAGUACGCCAGACCAUCAAGUAAAACUUAAUUCAGCAGCAAUUUGUUCAUCUGGUUCAUCAGGUACCGCCAACUCGGAGUACCAUGGCGAAGAAGAGGCCCAGGAUGCAUUCGCUGCUGAAUUUCGUCGCAUGAAAUUGAAGGGUGAAUUUCCCUGUCGGCUUUGCACUGCUAUUUUUCCAAAUUUAAGAGCUUUGAAGGGACACAAUCGCGCGCACAUGGGUGUUGGACCAGGUAUGCCUUAUCCGUGUAACAUGUGUCCCUACACUUCAACUGAUAAAGCAACACUGGUUCGUCAUUUGCGAUCACACAAUGGUGAUCGUCCUUACGAAUGCUCGCUUUGUAACUAUGCAUUUACAACGAAAGCCAACUGCGAAAGACACGUGAGAAAUCGUCACAAUAAGUUGACUCGGGAAGAAAUAAAGAGUGUGUUGAUUUAUCAUCCAAACGAAGACUCGACAAAUGAAAACAUUGAUAGAACAUCACCGCGUGUUAUGAGAGAUGAAACACGAAAAUCAUUAAUUUAUUCAACAUCGUUAUCCAAUGACAGAGAUGAUUAUUAUAAUCCUCACCAUCUUCAUCAUAAUGGCAAUAGUAAUAAUAAUAAUAGUCAUCACCAUCAGCGUGAACAUCAACACCAUCACCAUCAGCAAUUGCAUUAUUCAAUGGAAAAUAAAGCACAAGAUUUGCUGUUGUCUGAAGAGACAUUGAGACUUCGUCAAAUGGGAAUUCCUACAAUGAUACCAAAUCCAAUGAACCAUUACGACAAAUCUGAUUUAUAUUCACGUUCACCAGUUGCUGCGGCAAUCCAUCAUCACCAUGCAUUGGAAUUAACCCACAGGUUAGCAGACAACACGCCUGUUAAUCCACGUGAUUAUUUAAUAAAGUCAGAUUUUAUGAAAAUGAACGACCAGGAUUCUAGAUCUUCCGAUGGUAGUGUAUCAUUAAACACGAGUAAUAACAAUAAUAACAGUACUAAUAAUAAUAAUAACAAUAAUAAUAUUAAUAAUAAUAAAAAUACCAAUAACAAUCAGUCUCUAGUCAGUGAAACCAAAUCCGCUGGCGGUGCUGCUGAUAUACACCAAAGAAUUCAGGCUAGUCCAAUAGACUUAAAGCGUCAAGAUGUAGCUAACACAACAGAUGAUGCGCCUUUGGAUUUAUCAAUGGAUGUUCUGGAUCUUAGCAAAAAAUCACGAGAUAUGUCUUCGGAUUUAACAUCAAGCAUAUCAUCUGACGACAACAAUAAAAACACCAAAGAUCUGUUUGAUGCUAAUCAAUUUUUACUGACACAAGCAUUGCUGAAAGCCGGACAAACAGGUAAUUCACCGAGUUCUAUCGAAGCUAUGUAUGCAAACGCCCAGCAGUUGUUUUACAGAAAUUACGCUGGGUUUCCAACCCCACCAGCUAGCAUUCUAUCACCAUUUAUAUUCAACGCUCAUUUAUUCAAUCAAGAUCUUGCUAUGAGGGAAAAUUUACAAAAGGAAUUGGUGCGUGGAUUGCAAACCAGCGGAGGUAAUUUGAUAGAAUCACGCUUAAAUAAACCACCCUCUAGUUUUCCGGGCACUGCUGCUGCGUAUCCUCAGAACCGUGACAUAUUAACCGGCCAAUCGAUGAAUGAAUCAGCAAACGAUUACUCAAGAUUGGCAGCAACACCAUCGACCAGCGCUGCUAGUGUCAUCAGUUCACGCGACCGUUUGAUAGACAAUAACGGAAGUUCUUCAAAUUCCGUAAAAAUGGUUAUUAAAAACGGCGUAUUGGUGAGAAAACAAAAACAGCGCCGAUAUCGUACCGAGCGGCCAUUCAUUUGCGAUCAUUGCACAGCCAGAUUUACACUAAGAAGCAACAUGGAGAGACACGUUAAGCAACAGCAUCCUCAAUUUUGGUGUCAGAAGCCUCGUGGAGGGCAUUCGACGCGUGGAAGACCUCCAAGUUAUCCACCAACUAUGCUAAGGACUAAACGGUACUCUGUUAGACAGUCGACACAUCCUUAUCCGACCGCUAGAUUGCCCAAAGUAAGACAUUCAUCACCUAAUACUGACGACAAACGUCCCAUUUCUGAUCGCGUAAAGUAUGCGAUUCUUGCACAGCAGUUGAAGGGCAAUCACAAUGAAGAAAACGAUACAGAUGAAGAGUUGAUAAUUGAUGAAAAUGCUGCGGAUAAAGACAACGUUGAGCAUCGGAACGAUGAGCGGUCUACCAGCUUGUUGAGAGGAAAAUUGGAGGAAAGUAUUGAGAAAAAUAGUUCUAACACUGCCAAUGCUGAAGAAUCUGUUGUGGAGAAUGGUGGUCUUGAAUCUUUGGUUGAGUGCAAAAUUGAGCCUGAGGAUGAUGAUGAUGAUGAAGACGGUGACGAAGAAGAAGAAGAUGAAGAUAAAGAUGUUGACAAUCGAAAGAUAAAGAAUGAAGAUGGUAACGCUGACUUGGCAAGUGUUUCCGAAUUACUGGACAAUGCUUCGCAACAGUACCAACAGUUCAGACCGCAAGAUAUGAGCGACGAAGAAGGAUUGAUUGCAUCAACAAGCGACUGCAAUAAUUCCGGGAGCGAUGAAAAAUCAGACUCUGUUAAUUCGAAUAAUUCUUCGUCAUCAAAGUCUAUUAAGAAGAAGAAGAAAAAGAAGAAGAAGAAAUCGGCUUACUCUAUGGCACCCAAUCGUGUGCAUUGUCCGUACUGCGAGCGUCCGUUUCCUUGGUCAUCGUCAUUGAGAAGACAUAUACUGACUCAUACUGGACAGAAACCAUACCGAUGUGAUUAUUGUCCGCUUUUAUUCACUACUAAAUCAAACUGCGACCGUCAUUUGCUCAGAAAACAUAAAUCAAACGCUAGUAUUAAUAAUUUACAGUAUAACAGCGGAAGUGGUGGUACUAGUAGCGUAACUAGAAAUUUAUCCUCACCAGAAGCUCAAGAAGUAACGACUAUUAAUAAUAAUAAUACGUUUGCGACGAGAAAUGUACCAGAGAGACCCUACAAGUGCAAUCUCUGUCCGAGUUCUACAUUCUCGACACUUGGAAACCUAAAGAAACACAAGGCCACCAAGCAUUCGCACGACGAUAAUAAUAAAUUAUCAUCAAGACCCGAUACUCCGACUAGCGAGAUUAACUCAGAUCAGCCAAACAGCCCUACACCCUGCAAUGAACAAAAUGAACGCAGUGACUACGAGAGCCAUUCGUCAAGUGUCUCGGACACCAUGGAGACAAAUACUGCGGCUGUACCCACAUCAACCUCAACUCCGAUUUCAAAUGCUGCGUCGAUCCUUGACGUAAAACCAAAUUCAAACAGUGUCAUCAAUUCUUUGAUUAAUGACGCAUCAAAAUCUCGCAGACCUUCACCUAGAUCAUCACCAGGACCCUCGGAUUCGCCAUUCAAGUGUCAUCUCUGCGAUAGCGGGUAUGCUGAUCGACAUGAUUGUCUUGAUCACAUUAAGGACAAUCAUCGCGAGUCUUGGGACUUGCUGGUUGCCAAAGGCGCUCUUGAUAUGGACACUGAAAAUAUUGAGGAGCACCACCUUCAGCACCAGCAUCUCAGUGAUGGUGAAGAAAAACGGGGAAGAUUUCCUGAUUAUACCAACAGAAAGGUGAUGUGCGUAUUUUGUAUGCGUCGAUUUUGGUCAGCAGAGGAUCUAAGACGUCACAUGAGAACUCAUACGGGAGAACGACCGUACUCGUGCGACAUAUGCUGUCGUAGAUUCACUCUCAAACACAGUAUGCUACGUCACCGUAAAAAACACGAGUCUACUGAUUCAAUAAUAUAUGUUGGAACAAGUGGCGACGAAGAGACGAAUCCAAUUCAACCACCAACAAUAACACCGCGUAGUCAUCAACAGCAACAGUUGAUGAUGGCAUCGCCAGUUAUCGGUGACACGACACGUCUACAAGACAGAAUGUCAUUGCCAAGUGUUGGGUCAGUGGCUACCGGUGAUGCUGCACCAAGCAGACUUAUGAGUAGAUUUAAUCCUUAUGAGUCAUUGACAACAUUGACUGGUAAAUUAACAAAUAGUCAACAUAAUAAUAUUAAUAAUUGCGAAUCAACUCCUGAUACGGAAAAUGACUUGAUAUCGAAUUUACUUGGAAUUAGAGACAAAAGUAUAAUUGAUAAAGUUCUUCAAGCAUCUGCUGAUGAUGCUGCUAAAUUACUUGGGGUUAAUAGAAGCCACGAUUGAGCUUAAUAUUACAAUUAUUAAUUGCUAGUUUAUAUAUUUAAUGAGUUAUCAUUUUGUACAAAAUAUUAUUAUUAAUUAUUAUUAUUAUAAUUAUAAUCAUAUUAUUUAUUAGAUUUAAUUGGGUUGAAUUCAGGUUUCCCAUUACGUUCACAAUUGUGCCUUAUGGAUAAUAUUAAAAAAUCUCAAUGUUACGAUAAAAAAAUGUUUUUUUUUUAUCUACUUGAGAAUUUGGCAUUUAAAAUUCAUAAAUAUUAAUGUUCGUAGGUAUAUAAUUAUAGAUAAAUUAGAUUUCGUAAGAUUUAUACAUAGAAAAAAGACAAUUAACUAUUUUACUGAUAGCUUAAUUUUUUUUGAGAAACUGAUGCGAAAAAUUUUUUUGUUUUAUAUUUAUAAAUAUUUUUUUUUUUUUAAUUAUUGCAAGAUUAGCGAUUUUGUAUUGUAAUUAUAUUAUUAUAAUUAAGGGAGUUGGUGCACUUUACGGGUUGAUUAAUUUUUUUCUUGAUUGGUUGUGUCUAGCAUUUUGUUUAAUUAAUAUAUUCUUAUAAAUUAUGAAUAUUUUAAGAGCGAUUGUAAAUUUAAUAUA